AGCGUCAUCAGCACUAAUGCCCCGCCUUCGGCGCAGACCCCGGGAGUCUAGGGACGCGACGCGAUGGCUGAAUUAUCGCAGAGCGGAGGGAGGAUUCGGAGUACAUCCCAGAGUAUCAGCUUUUGGUGCGGGCUGUUUGUUGACACAAAAGACACGUCCCGUGGAAGGAAGCAACCACCAUCAUGGUCAAACAUCACCUCAUGAUCGGCACUUGGACGCCACCAGGUGUGAUCAUCACAGUCGCAUUCGAUGAUGAAACAUUGAAGCUGGAGUUGGUGAAGAAGACGGAGAUCCCAGAGGAUGAGCCCAUAAGCUGGAUGGCUUUUGACCACAAGAGAAAGAACAUUUAUGGUGCUUCUAUGAAAAAAUGGAGCUCACACGAAGUCAAGAGCCCGAGUGAGAUUGUACAUACAGGAAGCUUUCCCAUGGGCGGACAUCCCAAAGCAAAUGAUGCCGACACCAAGACGCGUGCAAUCUUCCUUCUCCCCGCCCAAAAGCCUCCUUAUGCCGUAUACUGCAACCCGUUCUACGACUAUGCUGGCUACGGCAACAUCUUCUCGGUUAAUCCUGAAGGCCAUAUCAAAGAGAACAUCCAGAACUUCGAGUACUGCGACAAGACAGCAAUCCACGGCAUGGUCUUCGAUCCCUCAGAGAGCUAUCUCUACAGCGCAGAUAUGUGGGCAAACCGGGUCUGGUGCCAUAAGAAGAUAGAUGACGAAGGAAGGCUUGAAACAGUAGGCUUCACUGAGGCUCCCGCGCCGAAAGACCACCCUAGAUGGGUAGAGAUGCAUCCGUCAGGGAACUAUCUAUACGCCUUGAUGGAGGCAGGAAAUCGGUUGUGCGAGUAUGUCAUUGAUCCGCAGACCAAGCUGCCAGUCUACACACACAAGACGUACCCAUUGAUCCCGCCUGGUAUCCCCAACGCAACCACAAUGUAUCGCUCGGACGUCUGCUUCCUCACCAAAUCCUCAAACUAUCUCUUUGCAACCUCCCGAUCCAACUCCUUCUCCCUAACCGGUUACAUUGCUGCGUUCAAGAUCGCUCCCUCAGGCGCCAUUGAGCGACAAAUCUGCCUCAAUCCUACGCCGACCUCUGGUGGCCAUUCGAAUGCGGUAUCGCCGUGUCCUUGGGCAGAUGAGUGGUUAGCGCUCACGGAUGAUGAGAAGGGCGGCGUCGAGAUAUAUAGGUGGCAGGAUGAAUUUCUGGCAAGAGUUGCGAGGUUGGAAAUUGGUGAGAAGGGCUUUGGUAUGAAUGCUAUUUGGUACGAUUAGACCGAUACACGUGUUUGCGCAUAGAGGGCACUUGGGUAGAAUUAAGAGAUCGACAUUACGACACAGCAAUUUCAGUAUGCCAGCAUGAACUUUGAUGUGGUCGAGUACUACAUGUUGUAAUGGUCCUGACUCCUCCACGUCCCGAAACGUAGCGUACACGCGUGGUAGCGGCGGGUCUGUGUUCAGCCUCGGAAGAAUGAGGGGCAGCGGUACCGCCGUCGCCCGAACUAACGCCAGCCGGCAGAUGUCAUCGGGGGAGCUCUUCUUUCCCCAACUUC